ACCAGGACGGCUGGGGUGCCGGGUGCCUCUCGGCUGCUGCGGCGGCGGCGCGGAGACUCGCGUCCGGCUGCAGCUAAGACGACCUGCCGCACCCCGACCCGGGCUCCCGGCAGACUCCGCACCGCCCUGCGCCAAGCCAGCAGUCCAGCGUGCAUCGAUCGCCCUUGGUGGGAGCUUAGAAGGCGGCAGGCGAAGAGGGCUAGGAGGGGGGCGAGCCGAGGAGCAGCGGAGGGGGUGGCAGGCGUGGGGCUCCGCUGAGCUGGCAGCGCCCCGCGGUCCAGGGAGGGCUGGCGGCGGGGCGGGGAGGCCGGGGCGCGCCCCGAAGCCAUGGCCCGAUCCACUGGAGCGGCUCUGCGUUAAGGCACCGCGGGGCAGGAAGGAAUACAAAAUAAAAGAAAAAGAAAAAAAUAAACAACUUUUAGAACAAAACAAAACGAAACAAGCACAUCCUCCAAACUCGGCCGUCGGCACAAAAUCCUGGUCCGCGCCGACGAGGGGGAUUCCCAUUCCAGAAACAGACAAGGUGCAGGGCCAGGCAACCGGGAGCCAAAUCGCAGGUCCGCUCACCUGCUCGCUCGGAAGCCCAGCCCCCUGAGCGCUGGGGAGACCCGCACGCGGGUGGCGGUGGUGGUGGCUGCGGCGGCGCGGUGGCUGCGCCUGGGUCCCCCCAGCCCCUCCGCGCUCACGCUUCCCCAGCCCCAGGCUCCUCGCCACCCUCACCCCCACCCCAGGCCUCCCACCCUUAAGCCCGGCCGGCUUCCAUCAUGACGGUGGUGUCAGGGGAGAACGUGGACGAGGCCUCGGCCGCCCCGGGCCACCCCCAGGAGGGCGGCUACCCGCGGCCGGCCGAGCACGACGAGCACGAGUGCUGUGAGCGCGUGGUGAUCAACAUCUCAGGGCUGCGCUUCGAGACGCAGCUCAAGACCCUGGCGCAGUUCCCCAACACGCUGCUGGGCAACCCGAAGAAGCGCAUGCGCUACUUCGACCCGCUGAGGAACGAGUACUUCUUCGACCGCAACCGGCCAAGCUUCGACGCCAUCCUGUACUACUACCAGUCCGGGGGCCGCCUGCGCCGGCCGGUCAACGUGCCCCUGGACAUGUUCUCCGAGGAAAUUAAGUUCUACGAGCUGGGUGAGGAGGCCAUGGAGAAGUUCCGGGAGGACGAGGGCUUCAUCAAGGAGGAGGAGCGCCCCCUGCCCGAGAAGGAGUACCAGCGCCAGGUGUGGCUGCUCUUCGAGUACCCCGAGAGCUCGGGCCCUGCGCGCGUCAUCGCCAUUGUCUCGGUCAUGGUCAUCCUCAUCUCCAUCGUCAUCUUCUGCCUGGAGACCCUGCCCGAGCUGAAAGACGACAAGGACCUGGCGGGCACCUUCCGCCGCGUCGACAACACCACCGUGGUCUACAGCGCCAACAUCUUCACGGACCCCUUCUUCAUCGUGGAGACGCUGUGUAUCAUCUGGUUCUCCUUCGAGCUGGUGGUGCGCUUCUUCGCCUGCCCCAGCAAGACAGACUUCUUCAAGAACAUCAUGAACUUCAUCGACAUCGUGGCCAUCAUCCCCUACUUCAUCACGUUGGGCACGGAGAUAGCGGAGCAGGAGGGCAACCAGAAAGGCGAGCAGGCCACCUCGCUGGCCAUCCUGCGGGUCAUCCGCCUGGUCAGGGUGUUUAGGAUCUUCAAACUCUCCCGCCACUCCAAGGGCCUGCAGAUUCUGGGCCAGACCCUCAAGGCUAGCAUGAGAGAGCUAGGGCUGCUCAUCUUCUUCCUCUUCAUCGGCGUCAUCCUGUUUUCUAGCGCAGUGUACUUUGCCGAGGCGGAGGAAGCUGAGUCGCACUUCUCCAGUAUCCCCGAUGCUUUCUGGUGGGCGGUGGUGUCCAUGACCACCGUGGGAUACGGUGACAUGUACCCUGUGACAAUUGGAGGCAAGAUCGUGGGCUCCUUGUGUGCCAUCGCUGGUGUGCUGACAAUUGCCCUGCCCGUACCUGUCAUUGUGUCCAAUUUCAACUAUUUCUACCACCGAGAAACUGAGGGGGAGGAGCAAGCUCAGCUGCUCCACGUUAGCGCCCCGAAUUUAGCCUCUGACAGUGACCUCAGCCGCCGCAGUUCCUCCACUGUGAGCAAGUCUGAGUACAUGGAGAUCGAGGAGGAAAUGAGUAACAGCAUAGCCCAUUAUAGACAGGCCAACCUCAGAACUGGGAACUGCACCACCGCUAACCAAAACUGCGUUAAUAAGAGCAAGCUCCUGACCGAUGUUUAGAGAAAGGUGCAGGUGCACGCAAAGCCGCCCCCCCGCUUACCAGACGCAGAAAACAGAGCGCACACUUUGUAGAUACUUUCCUAGAUAAUCUCUGAACGCUCUGUUUCACCGUCAAUGCAUUGUUGCAUUGUGGAUUCUGGAGGUGGCCUACCAGACACUUUUUGAGAUUCCUGAAAAAAGAGACUAUUUUCAUUUUAUUGAAAAAUAAAGUUGGGAAGAGAAAGGGUAUUUUCUAAAACUGGCUUUAAAAAAUGCAGUCCAUGAACUAGUCUAGGUGAAAUAUGAUUUAGAUGCCACCCCCAUUCUGAAACAUUUUUAACCCUUUGGCUUGUUUAACAUUUUUUUAAAAAACUUAAACUAAAAGCCAAACGAUCACUUAAAAAACUAGCAUUUGCAUGGGACUCCGAUGUAAAACCUUUGCAAAGUGCACAAUAAGACUGUGCAUUAACUGUGUUGCAGUUAACACGAUACCCCAGCCCCCGGGACAGUGAACAAAUGCUUCUAUUUGGAUCAACUGAACUGCAUAUGACUAGGUGAAAAAAAAAAAAAGAAAAACAAAACAAAACAAAACACAAACCUCCAACAUAACUUAGGACUGGUUCACACAGCACCUUACAGAUCAGAUACUGGUCCUGACCCAUGAGGGAUUUCCCUCUGCUCCAUCCUUCCAAUCUGGAUCAUUCUCUAAGAGAAAGAUGAGCGAAUUAAGCUAACUGAAUCAUCUGCGGUGCUGCUAAGUUUUCUCAACUGCAGGUGAGCCCAAUGCAGGUCUUUUCUCACCAGUCCUGCACCCUGAUCCCUGGCCUUCAGAACUGGAUGUUAAAACCCAAGCCUCCUUAUUGCAAGAGAGCACAAAUGGAGUUAAAUGCAAGCAUGUUUGAACCUGAUAACAUUUACUUUAUAAUCGCAUGCCAAGAACAUCAACCCAGACAAUAGGGGAUAAGCUUACGUUGAAAUCAACUCUUCUAAAAAUAGAUUUUUUUUCAUUUGCAUUCACCAAAAGUGCACUCCUUCAUUUAUCAACUCCUUUAUUAGUAAAUACAGUACUGUAUUUAAGUGCAUAUGUUAGUCAGAUGGGAACAAUUACAUUUUGGAGCUCAAAGCAUGUUCUCUUACUCAGCAUUAUGACCUAUUUGACUAAGAUGUACCUUGAAUUAAUUAAUGCAUGAUUUCAGUAAUAAAAAAAUUUUACAUAAUAAAAAUUACAAGUCUGCGGGAUGAGAGGCCCAAAAGAAAUAACGGGGGGUGGGGGUGGGGUGGGGGACACUCAGUCAAUUUUCCUGCCUUUGCUCAGGGAAAUGUCAGGUUUCUGCAGAGAAAGGACCAAUACGCUCAUCCCUUAAAGGGAAAUUCAUGGAAAACUAGAUAAGUCAUCAAAGUAUAUAGAAAAACACCUAAGAACAAGUAUUCUUUCUAGCUGAAGAUAAAACACAAGCAAAACAAACAAACAAAAAAAGGUGCAAUAUUGCAUGUUUUUUGGUGCAUUCUUAGGAUGUAAAUGAAAAUGUUUAUCUCUUGUAUGCAUCCAAAGCAGAGCUGACUUCUUUUUUGCAGUCAUGAUUUGAAGUCUGUAGAGACUUCGACCCUCCCCUCGAGGCUCCCUGAAGAAACUCAACCAAUUGAUUUAAUAGUUGCUUAGUGCCUUUAUCCUGUACCCACAGUGAAAUGCAGAAAGUGCCUCCGUGACAUGGCUGAGGAGUUAUGUAAAGGAAGGGAGGGAGGGUUGGGCACAGAUCCUUUGCUUUUUCAUUUGCCAUUCAUGCUUUCUCACUUCACCAGUGUGAGGAGACCAUACCACCCUAGAUGCUGGAGAGGGAAAAGGAGAGGGAGAAGAAGAAGGAGAGGGGAAGGGAGAGGGAGAGAGAUAGGGAGAGGGAGAGGGAGAGGUGCAGGAAGGUGCUGGCUCUGGGUGUGAACUGAGACCCAAUCUCUGAAACUGGACUUGAACCAUGAACUUGUCUAUUCCUCUUCUGCACCAGAAGCUAAGAUAAACUUUUUGGGCAGUUAUUUCCUACGGAGGGCCACUCUGGACAUGCAAAGCUUCCUCAGGUCCGCCACAGGGUUCCUGGCACAUUUCCUUCUGAUCUCUCUGUUGGCGACAGCACUUUGCAAAUCCCUGUCUGAACUUCUCAGGCAGCCUUGUGGAGAUGGGAACACUCAGCUCACCCUCCCUCCUGGCCCACCCCCUUCAGAGAUUUCCCAGGAUGCUCCUGUGAUCUUCCCACCUGGCAGUCACUUGACAGGCUGAACCUCUGACUUCUGCCAUCCUGGUCACUCAGCCCAGAGAGAGUGGUGGGGACCCUGUGCCCAGCCUACCACAGGCCUCUGAUGUCCAGCAGCUGUCCACCCAUGGAGAGGCACUCGCAGCCUUUGGAGGACGCCGUGGUGGGGACAGCAGUGAGGCAACCGAUCAAGCAACUUGAGUUACACCCAGGCUGGCUGACUGACAGAGAACUUGGAUCUUUGCCUUUUCUGUGGGACAUCUGUGACUCUGUAGGAUGAAUACCACACACCUCAUGGGAAGACAAGGGGCCGGUAACUGCACAGCCUCUGGCUACAGGGCAUUAAACCCUUCUGGGUGCUGUGUCCUUGACGUUGGAACCUGUUCUCCUCCUGGCUACUCCUCUCCUACUUGCUUAACUGUUCCCAGUUAGGCAAACAUGUCUAUGGCCCUCCCUCACCCCCGCCAGGGAUCUUGUGAGCUUUUCUAUCCACUUUGUGGUCUAGGACACACAGAACUUAAACUGCUGCCCUCUGUCAACAGCAAUAAUCCACUUUGUACUGUGGGCUGGAUGGGAUAGAGAAAUCAGGACCAAGACUGAUGAGACCGGCUGAUGGCUACACGGCAUGUUUCUUGUUAGCUGUCCCCUGGACUGGUGGAUUCUUCUGCAUGUGUUACAGGAAAAAGUGCUGCAUGUGGUGAACCUGUAGGCCUGGGCCUGGGGGAUGAAGUGCUAAGGAUUUGGGGUGAUAUGGGGAAAACGAAAAUGGCUUAUCCACCUGUAGCUCGCUGCAGUGAGUUCAGGCAGGACGGAGUACAGGGAUUAGCUGUGUAGCAUAGGCAUGCAACCUUUAACAAAGCUCUUACCCCUUGCACUGUCAUGUGCUGAAAUGUCUUUGUAGACCUGAAGGUGCACUUAACAAAACUGCCUAUUAAGGAGUGACUGUCUUUUGGCUUACUUAGUUAUAUUGGCUUUAUCAGGCUUUGUAAAAGCCUUUCCAGCCCCUUCCUAGGAAUUGACCUCCCAUGGCUCGUGUUUUCUCCAGGAGGAGAAGACUUCUGAUUUGCUGAUAGCCAUAGCUCAGUUCUUCCAGGAUAUGGGGACCCUAGUUCAAUAGGGUGGCCAUGGAAGGGCUGGGUCAUACCAGGGCUGUUAGCCAUCCCAGAAUCUCUGAAGUGAAUAACUCACCUCUAGUGAUCUAACUCAGAGAGACCAAAGAUGUUAAUUUCCUUUGUCCUCAGAUGUGUAGGAGAUGGACCGUGGCCAGGAGAGCUUUUGUUUCUGCAUCCCCUCCGUAUCUGUGCGCAGCCCCUCCCUCGGGCUCCCUUUGAGUCUAGAGUUUUGAUGAUCAGUUAAAGCUGUUCGUUGAGAGUGUGUUAGCGGGUUAGCCUAACAAAAUAAGAUAAACCAGUAGCAAGUUGUUCUCUUGGGUUAUGGGUGAUGGACAGUCAUUUUUCUAAAUUGGAGCUGUACGAUAGGUUUAGAGUCUAUGACCAUGGAACUCAAGCACAGAGUGACAUCACAACCUGGAUUCCCUUGAGAAUUGCCAAGUUACAUGUAGAUGGUACGUGAGCAAUACGUUUCUUUAAGAAGAAGUUUGGAUCAGUUAGUAAAGGGUCUUAUUCAUGUUGUGCCUAGUUGCAAUUUAUUCAGAUUAGCUGAUAUGUUACAAAGUCAGUAAAAGUGAUUUCCCUAACCCUCCUGUUAAUAUAAGGAGACCUCACAACACAUGCUUUGUAACCAUUUUAAAUUUGAAUCCCUUGUUUGGUAGGUUGGAUUGAGCAGAAAGGAGAAAGAGAGCAGUGGCAGAAGGCAGCUUCCCAUUUUCUUCCUGGAGUGCUUUACUCCUGGGAGUGCCGAGAGUUGGUGGGUGGUAGCCACCCAAUGUGUGACAUUGUUAGAAAGGUCAACUGCCAAACAGCCAUUUUAUCUUCCAGCUUUUCCAAGCAAGAAUGAAGCCUUCUGACGUUCAUGUUCAUUUUAAGGAGGAAAACAGACUAUGACGUUACGACCAGACACAGCCUAAGUGGAAUUGCCAUCUCAGGAGGUGUCUUCUCAUCCGUCCUGCGGUGUAUUGGUACUUGUAUUUAUACUAUGGGAUUUCAGGGUAUAUUCGAACACAUGUAGCAUGACUCAGGUACAUCUUAAAAGAAUGUACAUUACCUAACAUUUUUUGUAAAGGAGCAGACAGGAGCUGAAUUAUCAACCAAAACUUUCCAUUGCCUAGGGUUACUGUGCAAACUUAUUCAGGGUGUAGGCAUAAGGGUUAGAAGCCUAGGGGUUCAAAUGCCAGUCUCUUUGCGCAGUUGAAAUGACCAUGCACUUUCUUGGAAGUCCAGGGUGCAUAUUAACAGGGAGGCCCUGCUGACCUCAGGACUAUUAGCUUUAAGGAGAUUAACCCUAGUCCUGGUGAUUUUUAUGUAGGAACUUACAAAGAGAGUACUUUGGUAAGUCAAGCCUUCCAAGAGUGUGGAAAAGUCUUGUUCUGAAGUUAGAGAGAAGAGGAAAUGGUGUCAGGAAGGAAAAGAGAAUGAGAAAUCUCCCUUGCAGAAUAUUCCAGGUCACAAGUUGUCUCUGCUCCCGAACCUGCAGAAGCACCUAGUUCCUCUUCAGGGCACUGUUUUGAGACCAGUUUAGGAAAUAGGUGUUCAACCACAUGGGCUCUAUGUGACAUACCUCUAGUAUUGAAGUAUCGCUGAGGUUGUUAUAAAAAUUGAGUAGUAUUAAUUUAAAGUGCACCAUCAGGACAACAAACCAUUUAAGCUGCAAAGCUCUAUUUCAUUUCUCGAGUUUGCCAGUUGCUUACACCUUGAGUUACAGAUGUGUCUCAUUUUCACCUCCUGUGCAUUUCCCCUGCCCUGUCUAAAACAGCAGGUAGAGGACGCUGAAUGUUAUGAAUUGAGAACCUAACCGAUGCGCAUAGUUUUCAUCUAUGCAAUCUUACUCGCUUCUGUCACUUUAUGAUCUGUUCAUAUUUGGCAUUAAUUAAAGAUAAUUUUUAAGGAUCUUA